CACCGUGGUGAUAGUACAACGAAGUGGAGUAGUGUCAGAAGUGGCGAGUGUCGAGCCGUUUUUCUCCGAAGGUGUCGAGAAAUUAUGGCCGUUUCUUCAUACGUCGUUCCGUAACAGGUAAACGAACGUUCUCGCGUAGUAUAAUUCAAACGUGGAACGAAAAUCUCACGAUCUUUGGAACAAGAUCGUGGAAAAAUCUCUUUUUUCGAAACUUUGUUCCACGACGCAGAGAAUUGUGUUCGAUAUAUUGACGAUGGCACGGAUGAGUUUUCUUCUGUCGAUCGGACACACGAGGCUCGAUACGUUUCCCGUCGCCUCUGGUUGACGGUUCUAUUCCUCCUGUUAACACGGGAUAAACAGCCCCUGCGUUUUGCUUCAUUUCGCCGCGUGAUCCGAACGUUCGACGUCGGUGUUUCCUCUUUUUUUCCUUCGUCGUUUUUGAAUCGCCGCCAGCGUGUUAAUUAAACAAACAAACUGUGGCCGAGGCGGGUGUUAAUCGGACACGCGGCAAGAAAAUCUGGAAAGGACGUGCGAGUCGAUGAGAAGAAGGAGACGGCGGAGGAGAAAGAGGUAGGAACUUAGGAUCAUCGUGAGAUAUGGAGAAUAACGACGAAGCGCGCGCCGUGGCCGAACAUGCGUCGACGUCGAAGGAGAAACCCUUGGAGGCAACUGCUGGCGAUGAUUACGGCUGCGAGCACUACAAGCGAAAGGCCAAAUUUGUGACACCAUGUUGUAACAAAGUAUACAUAUGUCGAUUUUGUCACGACAAGGAGGAGACCCACGUGGUAAACAGAAAAGAAGUCACGGAACUUAUAUGUGUUCUAUGUGACACUCGUCAGCCUGUACAAGCCACUUGCAAAAAUUGCCACUGUCGCUUCGGCAAAUAUACGUGUCUCGAGUGCAAUUUGUUCGAUGACGAAGACAAGAAUCAGUAUCACUGUGACGGUUGCGGGAUAUGUAGGGUCGGCGGUCGGGACCGAUUUUUCCACUGUGCCAAGUGCAACAUGUGUUUACCGGUUCAGUUACAGAACGGGCACACGUGUGUAGAAAAUGUUUCUCAUGCAAAUUGUCCAGUCUGCUUGGAGGAUAUUCACACAAGUCGUAUACCUUGUCACAUUCCAAAUUGUGGUCAUUUGCUUCAUCGUACUUGUUUUGAGGAGUUGUUACACUCAGGACAUUAUGCAUGUCCAAUUUGCCAAGUGUCUCUUCUAGAUAUGACUGAUCUAUGGAAAUUUUUGGAUAUGGAAGUAUCAUCAACACCAAUGCCAGAAGAGUACAAGGAUUACAAGGUUGAUAUUCUGUGCAAAGACUGUCACGAGGAAUCAACGGUAAAAUUCCAUAUUGUAGGUUUGAAAUGUUUGAAUUGUGGAAGUUAUAACACUUGCAGAGUCAAAGGAUCCCCUUCUCCAGCAGAUCCAGAUACAUUGGACUAAAUAAUAUCAAUGAUGUUGGCGAUGAAGAGAAUUUACAACGCUAGAACUUUUAGUAUUAAAAUGAGAAAAAGAUGCGAAACGUUCCCGAGAAAGUGUCGCUUUUAAGCGUUUCUAACAGAAAGACAUUAGGAAAUGGCCUCUUUGGCAUUAUACCUCUACUUGUUUUUAGUGAAUUUAUACAUCUUUGUUGAUUGUUUUCAGACUUUUUAUAGACGUUAUUUUAUUAGGAGGCUGAAUGUAUGAUAUGUAUAAUGAUCAAUGCUGAUAUCUAUAAUCAUGGAAGACCGAAAAUUAUGGAAUAAUCGCAGUUUGAAUCGUAAAUUCGAAUCGUUUGAAAAGAAUAGUAAAUUCCUUUUUCACAAAGAUACAAUUUUUUCGUAACCAUAGCGAUCCUAAAUGAAACAAUAUGACACAUUCUCGGCAAUUUUUAUUUUGUUACUAAUUGGUGGCGCGGUAUGCACAGUGUCACCCAUUUCCUAAAAUUCUUCUCGCGCUGUUUUCAAAUAGAUCUUUAUAAACAUUUCAUGAUAUGUGACUUUCUUUCGAUGCAAUCUUUUCGUAAAUGCUAAAAUCAAUCAACAUAUACCGGUAGUACUAGUCAAAGAAAAAAAUCCCCCUCUCUUUUAGCUAUUGUUAUAAUCGACAGCUAAGAGUUCCUCUAUAUUAUCUAUUACACAUAGUUCCCUGAUGUUAUAUUACGCAGCUAUAUGUAGAGAUAGAAAUCGAUGAGAUUAUUAUUAAUAAGACACAUUUUAUUCCUUAAUGAAUUAUCGUACGCGCAAUUUUCGAAAAGAUCGCCAUCUAGUCAAAGAUUACUUGAGUCACUUCUUGAUACGAUCGUCCUAUAUGUAAAAUAAAAAAGAAUGCGCGGGGGAAUCUCAGAUAGUUGGGUGACGUAAGCUAAUACCUGACACGAUAAUUCUUUGAAACUUUACGAAAUAAUAUUCGUAUCGUAAGCCUUUCGAAACUGUGAGAUUCGAUCUGUGUAAUUUCAGGCUUCGACAUUCAUCUAUCGAAUUUUAUCGGGCAUUACCAUCAUGUUAUUGUGAACUAAAAACAACUCGUGGAUAUAUAUAUCCAUAAAUGUUGUACGUAUGCUUAGGCAUCUUUUAGUGCACGCGUUUGCAACUGCGCAUUUAUUUGGUAACGGAAACAUUUUGAUUUUAAUUUAAUUCGAUACACUAUAUUACAGAUUUAUCAACUUUAUGAAUAAUUGACAUUUAGCAUAAUUUAUACGUAAUAGUGGAAGUAGAUAUUAUAUAUUUAUCGUAAUAAAGAAGAUUAAUGCUUUUGAUUCAUUUUCUUCCAAGAAAACAUGCAUAAGAUUGACUAUAAAUUUUAAAUAGCACUAACACGUCUAACUGGUUCUGUACAAUCAUUUGAUGAUUCAGAUUGCUUGCUAGAACAAUAUUUACGUACAAAGGUAAUCGAUGGUAUUAAUUUUUAUUCAUUCCAACUGCUAUUGAGAAAAAUAUAUCCAAUAAAUAAACUGGAGACAGUAUUUUCCUUUGAAAUUAAAUAAUUAGUUAAAUAUUUAACCCUUUGUGGACGGAGUCGCUCGACAAACGAACAUCACGGUGGACGAGAGGUAUUGGCGCGCGCAGUUGAGAAAAUAUACACGUUGAACGUUUGCGUUAUUCAUUUUCGAGGCUUGUAUUAUUCUCAUCAAUAUUUAGUUCAUCAUCAUUGUCACUAUUACUAGAAAUAUUGAAACGUCUCAGCCGUUUCCUUGCUGAACAGAAGAAUUUCUACUGCCUGAAGCACUAUCGUCGUCUUCUAUCUUGUCAGGUUCAAAAUAAUGCUCGUCAUCACUACUAUCACUAUCGAACAUGCCCUUUCUGGAUAUUUUAGGCAUCGUGUAUAAGGUAUUAUAAAAAAUACAUAAUACAUAAAAAGCUUGCUGAUUCGUCUAGUAAUGCCAAUGAAAGACUGAAAUUCGUUUUGACUCGACCAUCAUCCUACAUCGCGAGUUUACGUUAAACGGAAGAUAAAAUUUCUAAAGAUCUAUAAUUUUCUUUCAUCAAAAACAUAAUACUGUUUAGUUUACUAUACCCAUAUGUAAAUACGCAUUAGAUUAUAUUAGAUUAGAUCUCACAAAAGUAGACGUACGCCAGCCACUUCAAAAUAAGUGUCCAGAACUAUGAAUAGAUUUGGGCGGCUAUUUGCUGACACUCGUCCGCAAAGGGUUAAUAAGAAAGUAAACAUACUUUAUUCAUUUUUAGUGCUAAAAAGAUCAUAAAAUCAGAUCAUAAAGAAUGUACUGUCGAUAAUGAAGGUCGUACUAUAAAGAAAGGAGGUAAUUUCGUAUUUAAUAUUGUAUUGCAGUUUACUAAUUUGUUUUUGAGGUUCUAUAAAGAACCGUAAAUUCUGUAUGGCGUUGAAGCGUGUAGAGAAAACGCGUGUAUCGAAGGAGCCUUAGAGUUACGUUCGACGCUCACUGCAUCACUAAUGAACAUUAUGGUCAUAUCGUCUCUAGUUUGAAUGUACUGUUGGAUAAUCUUGUACCGUUUGCGUUUAGAUACUCUGUAAUUCUACUCCCAAUAUGAGAUAAAGCGCGUGUCUUUGUGCGACAAAGUCUGAAAAGACACCUUUAGGGUAACGUACCAUGUUUGAAGCUCAAAUGAAAAGAAAAUUGAGUUGGUUAGGCACACUCGAUAUAACUCACCAUGAUUGUGAGACUUUUGUCGAACUUUCUUUGAUUGUUUCUUGAUAUGUACGGGCUGAUCAUUGUUUAAGCACUUACGUCUUUUGUCCAUUCCAUGGCAUUCCAAGUUUUCAUAAGAGUAGCACACCGAUGUACGCCGAAAAUUGAAUUAUUGUUACUAUCAAUAUUAACAACGUAGCACGGUAAAACGAAAUCGUAACAUACCUCUCUCAAUUUGUAAAGCUUUUAGACAACAUGUGUCGUGCUGGUUAAAAACAGGAAAAUAGUACCAACCGUUUAUUUUUUGGUGUGAUUAUCAUCACGUCUUUAUUAUUCAGUUGUAAAUUAAAUAUCAGUUAUAAAGGCUCUUUGUACAUAACGGCCGCAAUAAUGCUUUUGUUUUAUAUUAUAUAAUAUAUACUAUUGUAUCAAAUAAACGGACUAUUAUUUUA